AUGGAGAACAUGCGGUUGGGGGGAUGUCUAGGUAGCUCCAGGACCCUCAAACGCUGCCUUAGUGUGCCAAUAAUCCGGACUCCGACGGCGGGCAAAUCGGGAAAGACCCCGAUGACCACACGAACAGCCGCAGCGGCUGCUCUGGCGGCCAGGGAGCACGAACAGACGCCCAAGAAGAGCCAACAGGUGGUGGAUAUCCAGAUGCCGAAUGCUCCAUCCAUCGAUUGCUUCGGGGUACAUAUACGAUCCCAACCCAAUUCCAGGGAGGUUUCCCCGGCUCCCGUCUUCAAUAUAUUCACACCUCGAUCCAGAAGGUACUCGGCCAGCUAUAGCCCACUGACCACGGCAGCCAAUGGAGCUACCCUCUGCCUCACUCCGCGGGUUUCCCAGCUGAGGCAGGAGGAAUGCGCAGACCUGAACAGCCGGGAGGUGAACCAUGAGCGGGAAGUUCAUCGGGAAAUACAAAUCUCGCAGAGCUGGGAGGACCUGACGCUGGUGGCCGAGAACUGGUUGUGCAAAUCGGACGAGUUCUCCAAUCCCCUGCAGGUCAGCCUGCCACCCACCGGCACUACCAGCUGUUCCAGUCCCAGUCCCACAAACAAUCGCGCGGGCAUGAGACUACCAUACUCCCCGUUGCCCACGAGACGCACGUUUGCCACCAGGAGGUCGAUGUCUCCCAUUGCCAUGAGGCCAUCUCAGCUGGGACCCGUGAAAAGAAAAUUUGAGUUGGACGAUAAUCCCACUCCGGGCAGCAAUUUGAGCAUGUACUCUCCUCCGCCUGUGAAGAAAACUUACACUGGACUAAGUCCCAUUGGCAUGCAGGUCGAAAGACUGCUUACUUGA